AGGCUGCUUCUGCGGUCUCAGCGCCCACCGAAAUAAACAGAGGCGGCGGCUAAAGCUGCCCACCGCAGCCGCAAGGGAGGAACUCGCGUUGGCCUCCUGAUAUUUGCUUGUGCCGAGGACAACGCUCUGUCCUUGUUGGUGCGAGCACUCGCUCGCGGACUAGCACCCAGGGCGGACCGGCUGGAAGGAGAACCAAAGAUCACUUUUUUAUUGUUGUUAUUGUUUUUUUUUGUUUUGUUUUGUUUUGUUUUUUUUUGCCUAGCCUUACCCUGCUCCCCUCCCCCUCCUCGCCUUCUCCCCUCCCACAGUCCCCCUCCCCUGCUCUUCCUCCGCCUCCUCCUCCGGCCCAACUUAAAGAAAGAGGGAGCGACGCGCCUGUUUCCUUCAUCUGGGGAAAUUCGUGGCCGCAGCAAGUUUACUACUCCGGCGCCGCCAAUGCCAAGCUCGGAGGACCAGGAGGGCUAAACAUUGCUGCCUCGGAGCCGAACAAAACCAGCAGAGCACUGGGCGGCGCGAGCAAGGCCUCGGGGGAGGGAGCGGCCACCCGAGAGCGCCGCUUACUAGGCUCUUGGCCUCCUCCUCCGGGCAGCCCAGCGCCCCCGCCGAGAUCAGGUGGAGCCGCGGGUGCCCUAGGCUCUGGGGCUGGCGGAGCUCGCCGCAGUCCUCUCCCUGCCUGCCUGCCGGUGCACAGCCGCUGCCCUGGGGCACCGUGGCCUCGCGGCUGCGGUGACUUCAUUCGGCGGACGACGCUGAUCUCAGCUAGGCACCCGGUCCGCCAGCAGUGCAAGGCAGAUAGCGAGUGAGUGCGUGCGUGCGCGCGCGGGGGCGCGCAGGGGUGGGGGCCGCGGCGCAGCGCUCGCCCUCCAGCGGCCCCCCUCUCCUCCGCUCCCCACACCUCCCUCCGCUCCCUCCUCCCGCCCGCCCUCCCCUGCCCUGCCCGCCCGCCCCCGCCGCAUCUCCUUUAAUACACUUUGGUUCUCCUCCUGGCUUUGGACUCUUCUCCUCCUCCACCUCCUCCUCCCUCGCCUCCUCCGCCGCCGCCUCCUCUUCCUCUCCGUGCCUUCGCUCCGCGCCCGGCGGCCCGAGGCAGAUCCAGGCGGCGGCGGCGGGCUAGCAGCGCGACUCCAAGGGCUGCAGUCACCAGUGUUUUCAGCGCGGGCUCACGGAGCCGGGCGUUCGGAGGACGCGCCUUGCCGAUCGGAAGAGGGAACCGAGGCGGCAGGGCUUACUGGGGCCGACAGGUCGGCCGGGCGCACUGGCCAUGCUUCUGGACGCGGGGCCGCAGUUCCCGGCCAUCGGGGUGGGCAGCUUCGCGCGCCACCACCAUCACUCGGCCGCGGCGGCGGCUGCGGCGGCUGCCGAGAUGCAAGACCGCGAGUUGAGCCUGGCUGCUGCUCAGAACGGCUUCGUGGACUCAGCCGCGGCGCACAUGGGCGCCUUCAAGCUCAACCCCGGGGCGCACGAACUGUCUCCUGGUCAGAGUUCCGCGUUCACGUCGCAAGGUCCGGGCGCAUACCCGGGCUCUGCUGCGGCUGCAGCUGCGGCCGCAGCACUAGGGCCCCACGCCGCACACGUUGGCUCCUAUUCCGGGCCUCCCUUUAAUUCCACCCGGGACUUCCUGUUCCGCAGCCGCGGCUUCGGGGACUCGGCUCCGGGAGGCGGCCAGCACGGGCUCUUCGGACCGGGCGCGGGCGGCCUGCACCACGCGCACUCAGACGCGCAGGGCCACCUCCUCUUUCCGGGCCUCCCGGAGCAGCACGGGCCGCACGGCUCUCAGAACGUGCUCAACGGGCAAAUGCGCCUAGGGCUGCCGGGAGAAGUGUUCGGGCGCUCGGAGCAAUACCGCCAAGUGGCCAGCCCGCGGACCGACCCCUACUCGGCGGCGCAACUCCACAACCAGUAUGGCCCCAUGAAUAUGAACAUGGGGAUGAACAUGGCAGCGGCCGCAGCCCACCACCACCACCAUCACCACCACCCUGGUGCCUUUUUCCGCUAUAUGCGGCAGCAGUGCAUCAAGCAGGAGCUCAUCUGCAAGUGGAUUGAUCCCGAGCAGCUAAGCAACCCGAAGAAAAGCUGCAACAAAACUUUCAGCACCAUGCACGAGCUGGUGACCCACGUCUCGGUGGAGCAUGUCGGCGGCCCGGAGCAGAGUAACCACGUCUGCUUCUGGGAGGAGUGUCCACGCGAGGGCAAGCCCUUCAAGGCCAAAUACAAACUGGUCAACCACAUCCGUGUGCACACCGGCGAGAAGCCCUUUCCUUGUCCUUUCCCGGGCUGCGGCAAGGUCUUCGCACGCUCUGAGAACCUCAAGAUCCACAAAAGGACCCACACAGGGGAGAAACCUUUCCAGUGUGAGUUCGAGGGCUGUGACCGGCGCUUCGCCAACAGCAGCGACAGGAAGAAGCACAUGCAUGUCCACACCUCAGAUAAGCCCUAUCUCUGCAAGAUGUGCGACAAGUCCUACACGCACCCUAGCUCUUUGCGGAAGCACAUGAAGGUCCAUGAGUCCUCCCCUCAGGGCUCCGAGUCCUCCCCGGCUGCCAGCUCUGGCUACGAGUCGUCCACGCCCCCGGGCUUGGUGUCCCCCAGCGCAGAGCCGCAAAGCAGCUCCAACCUGUCCCCGGCAGCGGCAGCGGCGGCAGCAGCAGCUGCGGCGGCGGCAGCCGCGGUGUCUGCAGUGCACCGAGGCGCGAGCUCUGGCAGCAGCGGCUCUGGAGGCGGCUCGGCCACAAGCAGCGGCGGGGGCGGCGGGGCGGGCGGCGGGGGCGGCGGCAGCUCUGGAGGGGGCAGCGGGACAGCCGGAGGCCAUAGCGGCCUCUCCUCCAACUUCAAUGAAUGGUACGUGUGAGGGGCCAGGCCUUUCUCCCAUUCCCUGUUCUCCCCCUCCACCACAGCCCUCCCAAAACCCACCGAGGGCACCUUAGGAUCGUGUUGUUAAAAUCAUCAAUCUGAUUUUUAUGGUGAUGAAAAAGAUUUUACCAGCAGAAGGAUUUUUAAAAGUUUUUUUUAUAUAUAUACAAAGCAACCAUCUAGGCAUGAAAAGCAAAAUCUCUGUGUCUCUGAAGCUGAAAACAUAAAAUAAAAAUUUUAAGAAGGUAAACUCCACAAAAAUAUCGAGCCAAACUUCCCUAGCGACAUCCCAGCCCACUCUUCCCCCGCACAUGCUUCCCAGUCUUCUGACAAACUGUACAUAGCCACAGCGGACUCCUUCCUUUUCCACGGUGAUUUUAAUGGCUUAUUGGUGGAUAGAAGUUUGUCCAUUUGUAAACCCUGGAUUGCGUUCCUUCCCGCUCUUCUCCCAUCCCCUUCCCCAAGUGAUGGGCCUUUUUUUUCCCCUUUUAGUUUACCCGGCUUCUUUUUUAAGUAAUGUGGAAGAAAAUGGUUUAUUUUGUAUUGUGGUAUUAAAUAUUGUGUUCCCUUUAAUGAGGCAACUUGAUUGUAAACUUCAUGCAACUAUAGACUGGAAAAAAAUGAGCCGUGCCAAAGUCUCCCUUCUGUUUCUUCAACACAGCCACUCAUAGCACACACAUCACCACCACCACCAACGCUUGUGAAUGUAUUUUUCUGUUAGCUGGGUUUACAUGUGAUGUUUCAGUGCUUUUGCGAGUUCGAUUUGUUAGUUGUUGUAUGAAAGAUUGGGGUGGGGGUGGGGGGGAGUAAACGUUGUGCCCUUAGCUUUUUCCGUAAUAACACCCUUCUGUAAAUAUCCGUUGCCAUAUUUAUCCAUUUGUAAUUAAAUUAUGGUAUUAACUUGCUACAGAGGAAACAAUAUUUAUAAAGAAUGUUUCUUAACUAUAAAUAUGUACAAUUGUGGGCAUAAACUGUUUCAGAUUUUUUUAUUUGAAGGUUUAAGUGGUUUGAUCAUUUCUUGUGAUGUUUUGAGAGUAAUGCAUACAGAAAUAUAAUAAAAUGUGUUGAAAAUG